CUUCCUCCUUCGUCCAACAUGGCGCCGAUGUUGGUACCGCUGAAAUGCGGCUUUCACUUCCAAAGACGAAAAUUAGCGUUUCUCCUUCGACAGACGAGCUCGUAUCACAUCUGGAGUAAAAGUCGCGGUGAGAACUCGACGGACCCCAAACGUCGAGUGACACAUCUGCUGAGUUCCCCUCCACACCUACGAACAGCUACAUGGAGGACAAGCAGGAGCGAAAACAGUCGUCAGAUUUUGGAGGCAGCCAAAUCUCCACAGCAUUUGCAGAUUACAGACAAAAGAACAUGUUGGCACGGAAGUGCGGGAGGACGGCUAAAUGCAGAUCCCAAAAAUGUGCUGAACGAAGUGAAUUCAACCCAGAUCCUGUCUGCAAUGCUGUCUUAUGUGUGGCCAAAGAAUAGACCAGACUUGCGGGCCCGUGUGGCCAUCUCUCUUGGCCUGCUCGCUGGAGCCAAGCUCACCAAUGUGACGGUGCCCUUCAUGUUUAAGUAUGCAGUGGACGAGCUUAACCAGAUGUCGGGACACAUGCUGAACCUGAAUGACGCGCCAAGCACUGUGGCUACCAUGGCAACGGCCGUGCUGAUUGGCUAUGGCGCGUCACGGGCUUGUGCAGCCCUCUUCAACGAGCUGAGGAACACUGUGUUCGGCAAGGUGGCCCAGAGCUCCAUCCGACGCAUUGCCAAGAAUGUUUUCCUGCACUUGCACAAUCUGGAUCUGGGAUUCCAUCUCAGCCGCCAGACAGGAGCGCUGUCCAAGGCCAUCGACCGUGGCACACGGGGCAUCUCAUUUGUCCUCAGUGCGCUCGUCUUCAAUCUAGGACCCACAGUCUUCGAGAUGGCCCUCGUCAGUGCCAUUUUGUAUUAUAAGUGUGGUGGACAGUUUGCAGCAGUGGCCUUGGGUACCUUAUCAGCAUACACACUCUUCACCAUUCUCGUCACUCAGUGGAGGACACGCUUCCGGAUAGAAAUGAACAAAGCGGACAAUGAAGCCGGCAACGCAGCUAUUGACUCUCUCCUUAACUAUGAGACCGUUAAGUACUUCAACAAUGAGAAGUAUGAAGCUGAAAAGUAUGAUGGAUACCUGAAGAUCUAUGAGUCAUCCUCUUUAAAAACCACUUCCACGCUCGCCAUGCUCAACUUUGGCCAGAGUGCCAUCUUCAGUGUCGGCCUCACUGGCAUUAUGUUGCUGGCCAGCAAGGGCAUCGCUGCAGGUACGAUGACGGUGGGAGACCUGGUGAUGGUGAACGGCCUGCUCUUCCAGCUCUCCCUCCCCCUCAACUUCCUGGGUACAGUGUACAGAGAGACCAGGCAGGCCCUAAUAGACAUGAACACUCUUUUCACCCUGCUCAAUGUAGACACCAAGAUCAAGGAGAGGGAUCUCGCCCCAGCGUUAACCAUCCCACCCCAGGAGGCCACCAUCCGCUUCGAGGACGUAUACUUUGAAUACCUAGAAGGACAGAAAGUCCUAAACGGAGUGUCCUUCGAAGUUCCUGCUGGGAAGAAGGUGGCUAUCGUUGGUGGCAGUGGGUCAGGGAAAAGCACCAUUGUGCGGCUGUUGUUCCGCUUCUAUGAGCCCCAGCGGGGGAACAUCUACAUAGCGGGGCAGAAUAUCCGAGAUGUCAGCCUUGACAGCCUGAGGAAGGCUUUGGGGGUCGUACCUCAGGAUGCCGUUCUGUUCCACAACACCAUCUUCUACAACCUGCAGUACGGGAACAUCAACGCUACACCAGAGGAGGUGUACCAAGUGGCUCGUCUAGCAGGCAUCCAUGAUGCUAUCCUCAGGAUGCCCUAUGGCUAUGACACCCAGGUUGGGGAGCGGGGCCUCAAGCUGUCAGGAGGGGAGAAGCAACGUGUCGCCAUCGCCCGCGCAAUACUAAAGAAUCCACCCAUCCUCCUGUAUGACGAAGCAACAUCCUCCCUCGACUCUAUCACAGAAGAGAACAUCCUGAAUUCAAUGAAGGAGAUGGUGAAGGACAGGACAUCAAUGUUCAUUGCCCACAGGCUUUCCACAAUCGUGGAUGCAGACGAGAUUAUUGUGCUGAAUGGGGGUAAAGUGGCAGAGCGAGGCAGCCACCACACCCUCCUCACCAACCCAAGCAGCUUGUACGCAGACCUGUGGAACACUCAGAACAGCAAAUUCCUCAGCGACAGCAAGAACUCACCCCAACAGCCGACUGAGCGCCUGUCCCAGAAGGAGGAGGAGAGGAAAAAGCUGCAGGAGGAGAUCCUAAACAGUGUUAAGGGCUGUGGGAACUGCUCCUGUUGAGAGAAGCUGCCACCCUCCAUGUCACUUCGUCCCUCACAGAUGGCCUAUGCUGGAAUCCGCUGGAGUCUGUGCAGUAUUGUGCGAGGGAGCGGAGUAAGGGUGCAUCCCAACUACCCACGCCCACUUCAGCCAAGCCCCCACCCAUGUGACUAUCCCUCCUCCUACUCGUGUGAAUAAAGGCCACUGCUCGCCAAAGUGAAGGAGGAGGAGCAGAACAGGGAGCAAGUGUGUUUAGCACUGGCUGGUGUCCAGAGAUGGAGCUUCUAUGCCAGUUGCCUCAGCUGAAGCCAAGCAUAAGAGACCUUGUAUAUCACAUACGUGUGUGUAAGACAUCUGUUAGUCAACAUGGUUGCCCCCCCCCCCUCCUCAUUUUUUACAUCAGGUUUAUUGACAUCUUCCAUUGCACUGGAAACAGAUGAGAGUACACAUAAUGACUUACAUAUGCCUUGAUGUUGACACAAAAUUUGUAUGGAUUUAAUUUUUUUAAUUAUUUUUGAAAUAAACUGAACCUAUAGUUUGCUUUUUUUAUAUUAACAAUGUUCACAUAUUACCAUUUGUUCUGCAAUUAGGCAAUCACAGUUAAAAUACUUCAGGUUGUUUUGCAGUAUGUUGUUUGAACAACACUAUUUCAUAAAGCAAGUACUUUAUUUGGAUUCGGUCAUAAUGCACCUUGUCCACGACACUGUUUUCAAGGCAUGUGAUAAAAAUAUAAAAUUUGGCACAUAAUCAAGUCCUUCUGGAUGAAUGUCAAAAUAAUGUGGAUGUUUGAACUCAUGAACAUACAAAACAGCUCCUCGGUGAAUUUUCAAUAUGUCGCAGUCACAUUCAUGUAAAUAUAACGCUGAGAAUUACAAGAAGCAGCUCUACUAAAUCAUGAAUGGUUUUCACCACAAUUGGAGCCACAUUACGAGGCGACAACUUGAAAGCGUCCUCUGGGAACAUUUUAACAGUCGUAUCAUUUAGCCUUGGUUGACGGGCAUCUUCUAAUCUAAAGUUUUACCAGUGCUAAGACAGCUUUUUGGAUUGUAUGUUAAGACUUCCUCUUAAACGUUACAUGUUAAUAUUUAAAUAACAGUACAUGUAUGUCCUCAUUUUUUGAGGGCUGUUUUGACUGUGAUAUGCACAUUCUGUUAGGAACACGGAUAUGGUAUUGUAUCUAUAAAUGAAAAAACGGAUUAGUCGGUGAUAAUGUAAAGCCUGUUUCUUUGUAUUCUGGCCUAUGUUGACAGUUUGAGUACACUGCAGAGAGAUUCAUACAUUUUGGCUUUAAAUAAUAAGGUCUCUAUACUGCUCUUCUGAUUAGGGUUGAGUAAAAUGAUGAUAAUAUAUACAAGAUUCAUAUCAUUUAUACAUAUAAUAAAGAAAUCUCUUUAGUGUCUGUGGUUGUAUUGGACAAUUACCCCUCUAUGGUUACUAGAUAAAUGAGUGGUCACAAGAUGAUUGAUAAGAGAGAAACAAAUAAACAUAUUUCUGAUACAUAAAA